UUAGCUUAGGACCAAGAGGGAGGCUUGGGUUGAAGGAGGAGAUGGACAUUCAACACAUAUUUGUUAAGUCAUUGACUAGACAGAUACUUGAGUGAAUGGCUGAUGUCCAGUUCCUCUGAGGUUCCCUAACCUUUUCAUGUUCACUGGGGUGAUUCAUCUUCCGCCAUAGCUCCUUAUGUUAUCAAUAGCGAUGAUGACAGGAUGCUUUGGGCGGCUAGCAGGGAAAGCAAAGGUGAUGCAGAAUGUCUCCUGGCUGGUGUGGUCAAUUCCUAAACAAAUAAUAUCCGCUCAUCAGUCAUUGUCCUAUUUCUGCCAACUAGAUCUCCCCAGAGGAGUCAUCCAUCAGCUUGGUUCCGAAGACUGACAACCUCACCCCGGUAGUCUCCUCUUCCCUGUACAGACUCAUACUAAGAGUUUUAAAAAGCCCCAGGUUGCAACACGGUUAGCAGACUUGCAAGCAGAGGGACAGCGAUCGAGGGGCUCUGGAAAGGGCCAGAACAUGAAGGGCCCCAGCAGCUUGGUGAUGACAGCCUUAGCCCUUCUCCUGGUGCUGUCUGUCCUGGGAAACUCCAGCGGCGCUCCGCAGAGACUCUUUGAAAGGAGGAACUGGACCCCCCAAGCUAUGCUCUACCUGAAGGGCGCUCAGGGCCGUCGCUUCAUCUCCGACCAGGGCCGCAGGAAGGAGCUCGCUGACCGGCCGCCUCCAGAAAGACGAACCCCGGAUCUUCAACUGCUGGCUCUCCCAGAGGCUGCAGCCCUGUUGCUGGCUUCCUUGCAGAAACCACAAGAAGAUGAAGGAGGGAAUUUUGAUCAAAGCAGACUCCUGGAAGACAGACUGCUGAACUGGUGAAGAUGCAGCAGAGCACUCUCAAGUGUAGUUCUAUUCAUGGUGAAAACCGUAGCCACACCAUUAGGGCCCAUGCCCCCUUCCAUCCACACCUGUAACCCUAGACACCAGCACCUCUAGGAUCAGUUCUUCAGAAGUAAGACACAUGGGAUU